UAGAGUAAAUAAAGAAUCAUCUUCAUGUCUCCAGCUUAGCUGAUUCAUGUUUGGUCUUCUCAACAUGGAGAAGAUUGUAACACCGAGACUUGAUCUUCCUCUAUUACAGUUCCCGAGAUCUCGGAAACCCACUUUGAUUCCGUCUCCGAGCUUGAAUCGCUACGUUCGCUAUAAGAAACGGCCUUGUUCGAGCCGUCUAGAGCCUGGAACAGAGAUCUGUACUGGUACCGAGAGCCACGGUGUGAAAAUGAGCAAUACCGUGGGAAGGAAGUUACUUGGUUUAGCCGCCGCAGCCGCAUUAGCGGUUUCUUCGUCGUUUUGCUGCGAUUCUCCGGCGCUCGCUGAGUCUCUGACCAUCGCUUUCCCCGUUUCACGCGCUCGUGAGGUGACUGCAGUACAGAAAACUCUUGUGGAAGCUUGGGGUUUGAUUAGAGAAACAUUCGUUGAUCCAACUUUCAAUCAUCAGGACUGGGAUUCUAAGUUGCAGCAAACAAUGGUGGAGAUGUUUCCUCUAAGAUCAGCAGAUGCUGCUUAUGGAAAGAUCAAAGCUAUGCUAUCUACUCUUGGUGAUCCUUUUACUCGAAUCAUUAGCCCAAAGGAGUACCAAAGUUUCAGAAUUGGUAGUGACGGGAACCUGCAAGGUGUUGGUCUUUUCAUAAACUCAGAACCAGGAACAGGUCACCUGGUUGUUAUGUCUUGCAUAGAAGGUAGUCCCGCAGAUCGUGCUGGUAUACAUGAAGGAGAGGAGUUAGUGGAGAUUAAUGGCCAGAAACUGGAUGGUACAGAUAGUGAAGCAGCAGCACAGAAGCUGAGAGGCCGAGUUGGAACAUCCGUAACAGUCAAACUUAAGAGUGUGAAUGGCUCACAUAUCAGAGAGGUCAAGUUACCUCGAGAUUACAUUAAGCUCUCUCCGAUAUCAAGUACUAUAAUCCCACAUACAACACCUGAUGGACGUUUAGCAAAGACCGGUUAUGUCAAACUCACAGCAUUUUCUCAGACUGCAGCGUCAGAUAUGGAAAAUGCUGUACAUGAGAUGGAGAAUCAGAAUGUUCAGUCAUACAUUCUUGAUCUAAGGAACAAUCCGGGAGGUUUGGUUAAAGCAGGACUUGAUGUUGCACAGUUAUGGCUUGACGGAGAUGAGACUCUUGUCUACACAAUCGACCGUGAAGGAGUCACAUCACCAAUAAAUAUGAUUGACGGACACGCCGUGACACAUGAUCCACUUGUCGUGCUUGUGAAUGAAGGAAGUGCAAGUGCAAGUGAGAUUUUGGCAGGUGCGUUACACGACAACGGUCGAGCUGUACUUGUUGGUCGGCGCACAUAUGGGAAAGGGAAGAUCCAGAGCGUAACGGAGCUAGACGACGGGUCGGCUUUGUUUGUGACAGUAGCUAAGUACUUGUCGCCUUCUCUACACGAAAUUGAUCAAGUAGGGAUCACACCUGAUGUACAGUGUACCACAGAUAAGAUUGAUUCUUUGACUGGUGAGAUACUUAUGAAGAUGAACAGUUCGAUUCCAUUGCUUGAAGCAGAUUCAUGUGUUAUGGUCGCUGAGCACGAACUUGAGACUAGACAAUCCAAUGGAGCAGCUUCUUGAUGGGGCUUGUCGUAAAUUAUUAGGCCAAGAUUACGGUGUAGCUUGUAUAUAUUGAUAAGUCCAUGCUUAAAUUGAUUAUGGCGUAGCUUGUAUGUAUAUUGAUUGUGCUACGUACUGAACUAGAUUACAUAAUAUAUCUUUUGUAAUAUUACAUUGUACUGGUAAUGUAAUAUAUAGUUUAUAGUUCUAA